CUUCCGGGCGCAAACUCGGCAGCUGGCUGCUACACAGCUCCUCCCUCCUGUGUGGUGGCUUUCCCGACCAAAGAUCCUUGGACGUGAACAGUUUCGCUGAAGAGCACUUUUCUCUCCCCCCUCCUCCCCAAACAACCAGGCGGACAAUCGAGGCGUCAGUUAUUCCAUAUCGACCUAAGAGAAAGGGAGUUAAGGUGUACAACACUCCUUUACCCCCCCAACCCAAAAUCUCUGCCAGGCAGCGAUGGAGACUUGGGCUGGCUUGUGCCCAGGCUUGCACUUAUCUCUGGGUAUCUGGGUGAUGAUCGCCGCUCAUACCCUACAACAUGCCACGGCGGGGAUAACAUGCGCAUCUUGCACGUCGCCACUUCAACUUCACCUGGAGGAAUUACUGGCGAUGCGCACUGACCCGACACAGGAGCCGGAUACCCUAAAAAACAUCCGAGUAGAGUUUAGGGAACUCGGGGAGCAAAAUACGGGAGUGGAGGACGACAGCGAUGGAGUUAGCGCAGAGGAAGAUGCACCAGGGUCCAGGGAAGACAGCCACCGCGGCAGCGAUGAGGCAGGGGAGCCAGAGAAGGCUGAGGAUGCUGCGCUACAGAGAGCGAAGAGAAGCGGUCCUGAGUUUGCAGAGUUCAGCGACUUGGAGCACUGGCGGAGCGGCCGCGCUGGCGUGGAUGCGCGCGCUCCGGAGGGGGAUCGGGGCUCAUUGUUUGACGGAGCCAAGCAGGGCAGGUCCGAGUUCAGAUGGAACAGGGAUGAAGGGGGGAGAGCGGAUAACCGGCAGGAUGAGCCCAAGAUCAGCAGCAGCACUUUCUCUCUGACGGGGGACUCUGCGCAUAACCACGCGGUGGUUUACUGGUCGGGGCAAAACAGCAGCGUGAUCCUGAUUCUAACCAAGCUGUACGACUUUCAUAUUGGCAGCGUCACUGAGAGCACUCUUUGGAGAUCUACUGACUACGGCUCCACAUAUGAGAGAAUGAAUGACAAAGUCGGAUCCAAGACUGUCCUGAGUUACCUGUACGUCUGUCCAACUAACAAGAGAAAGAUUAUGGUGUUGACAGAUCCAGAGUUCGAGAGCAGCGUGCUCAUCAGCUCCGACGAGGGUGCCAGUUACCAGAAGUACCGCCUCGCUUUCUACGUCCUGAGCCUUUUAUUCCACCCCACUGAAGAGGACUGGGCCCUAGCCUACAGUCAUGACCAGAAGUUGUACAGUUCACUGGACUUUGGAAGAAAAUGGCAGCUCAUCCACGAACGCGUCACGCCGAACAGAUUCUACUGGUCUGUCUCCGGGCUCGACAAGGAGCCAGAUCUGGUCCACAUGGAGGCUCAUACACCAGAUGGAAAUGUGCAGUACGUCACGUGCAGAGCUCCAAUGUGCACAGAAGCUAACAGGAACUACCCAUUCCCUGGAUACAUCGACAUCAGCUCUUUGGUGGUUCAAGAUGACUACAUAUUCAUACAGGUUCCUACAUCAGGACGAGCCUCCUAUUAUGUGUCCUACAAGAGAGACUCAUUUAUUCAAAUCAAACUACCCAAAUAUUCGCUACCUAAGGAUUUACACAUUGUCAGCACAGAUGAGAAGCAGGUCUUUGCGGCGGUGCAGGAGUGGAACCAGAACGACACCUAUAACCUCUACCUGUCUGAUACCAGAGGGAUCUACUUCACCUUGGCCAUGGAAAAUGUCAAGACCACUAGGGGCAUCGGAGGGAACCAGAUGCUGGAUCUGUACGAGGUGGCAGGAAUUAAAGGCAUGUUGAUUGCUAACAAGAGGCAAGACAACCAGGUCAAGACCUACGUGACCUACAACAAAGGCCGGGACUGGAGGCUGCUGCAGGCUCCUGCAGCUAACCUGGAUGGAAACGAAAUUCACUGCAUACUUCCUUUCUGUUCGCUCCAUCUCCAGCUGCAAAUGUCAGAGAACCCUUACUUGUCAGGAACAAUCUCCACCAAGAGUUCUGCACCGGGGAUCAUAGUUGCCACGGGAAACAUCGGAGCAGAGCUGUCUUACAACAAUGUUGGGAUGUAUAUAUCUUCUGAUGCUGGCAAUAGCUGGAGACAGAUUUUUGAAGAGGAGCACAAUGUGUGGUUUCUGGACAAAGGAGGAGCCCUCAUUGCUGUCAAACAGCCAUCUGUGCCAACCAGACACUUGUGGGUCAGCUUUGACGAGGGGAGGCAGUGGACCCAACACAGCUUCUCCUUGGUGCCUCUGUUCGUGGAUGGAGUCUUGGUGGAGGCAGGGGCCGAGAACCAGAUCAUGACAUUUUUUGGACACUUCAGCCAUCGUUCUGAAUGGCAGCUCAUCAAGAUAGACUACAAGUCCAUCUUUAGCAGGAAAUGCACCGAUGAAGACUAUGAAACCUGGCACCUGCACAACCAGGGUGAGCCCUGCGUGAUGGGACAAAAACAGAUGUACAGGAAGCGCAGGCCUGGAAACUACUGCAUGCUGGGAAAGGACUACUCCAGAAUCCUCUCAGCUGAGUCCUGUAUUUGUCGAGCUCAUGACUUUGAAUGUGAUUAUGGAUAUGAGCGGCGCGGCGACGGGAACUGUCGGCCUGCCUUCUGGUUCAACCCCUCCACUGUCUCCAGAAGCUGCAGCCAGGGUCAAAACUACCUCAACAGCACAGGUUACCGUAAAGUGGUGUUGAACAACUGCACUAAAGGAGUUAAAGAAAUGUACACGGCCAGAAAGCAGCAGUGCCCCAACAGGCCUCCUAAAGGACUCUUGCUGACAACCAAAGACGGCAAACUCACCGCCAACCUGGGCAGCAACGUCACCUUCCUGGUUCAUCUAGAUGAGGGUGACUCUAUGCGCACCAACAUCCAGCUGGAUUUCGGCGAUGGCACAGCCGUGUCCUACUCCAACCUGAGCUGGACCGAGGAGGGGAUCAAACACGUGUACAAGUCUGCCGGAAUAUUCCGUGUCACAGCGUUGGCGGACAACACGCUGGGUUCUGACACCACAACUCUCUUCCUGCAUGUCACAUGUCCAGUGGAGCACGUCCAGCUUCUCGCUCCCUUCGUAGUCAUAAAGAACAAGGAGGUGAACAUCACAGCAGUGGUCUUACCCAGCCACCCACGGACCGUUACUUACUUCUGGUGGCUAGGCAACAAUACUGAGCCCGUGAUAACAUUGGACGGGAGUAUUUCACACACCUUCUCCAUGGACGGAAUGCACACCAUCACAGUCCAAGUGGCUGCAGCCAAUACCAUACUGCAGGACACCAAGACCAUAGCAGUCAAAGAAUUCUUCAAAUCGCUACUUUUAUCUUUCUCCCCUAAUCUGGACGACUUCAACCCCGACAUACCCGAGUGGAGACAGGAUGUGGGGAGGGUAAUUAAGAAGGCUCUGCUCCAAGUGUCCGACUUCCCGGAGGGGCAGAUCUUGGUAGCCGUAUUCCCAGGAGUUCCAACAGCUGCUGAGCUCUUCCUGUUACCUCACAAGAACCAAUCAGAGGGCAGAAAAAAGAGUGAGGAGGAGCUAGAGCAGGUAUCCAAUACAAUUGUAAGCGCACUGAACCAAAACUUGGUGGAGUUCGAGGUCAAGCCUGGCAUAAGGGUGAUUGUGUACAACACACAGUUAACACUGGCACCCUUGGUGGACUCCAACCCAAGACACAGCAGCUCAGCUAUGCUCAUGCUCCUAUCAAUGGUGUUCCUGGGCCUAGCAGUGUUCCUCAUCUACAAAUUCAAGAGAAAAAUACCUUGGAUCAACAUAUACGCUGAGGUGAACCAGGAGAAAGAGCAGGAGAUGAUUGGCUCGGUGGGCCAGGGUGACAGCACGCCUAAAAUCACUCUGAGUGAGUUCUCCACAUCCAAAGAACUCAUGGAGAAGGAACUGGAUGCCAGGGUCAAAAGGGGAGUCGGAAAUGCCUGCGAGAGCACAAGGGAGAUACCAAACUGUACUAGCGUGUAAAACCGGAGAGCAACAGUUUAUGUACAGAGCGAAGUAUUACAGUGUCGGGGGUUCUCUUUUUCUGUUUUGUAAUUCUCAACACAACUGAUGUUAAUAGUUUUCUAAGGGACCUCAUUUAUACAGACUUGCACGGAUGCCUCGUUCAAAAACAUCCAUGCAGCAAAUGUCAAUUUGCUCAAUAAGAUCAUUGUAAUUACUGGCAAGACUUAUUCUGUUUUGUGUAUGUAUAAGCUACGUAAUGACAUUGAUUUGCCGAGUGAAAUAUCUUUCGUCAAAACCCAUCAAGACUUAUGUAAAUUUCCUAAGGAGUUUGCUUCGAAUAUCAUUUCUGCCUAUAUAUAGACUAUAACGUCUGAGUCUUCAAUCAAACAGGGAAUAUUGUUGAAAUGUACGAUAUUAUCAUCUGUUCUGUUAAAUGUAUAUAUUAUUACUUUUGAGUACCAUGGCGAAGACACAGGAUCUGACAAUGAUCUGUUAUUGAAAGUGUGUUAAAAAGUCAAACAUUACUUAAAGAAAUCAACUUUGUUUUGCUAAGGUCCUUGACUUGUGCAUGUUCUUAUUGAGGACGCAAUUUCCGUGUUGUAGAUAAGCAAGUGUUGUAAAUAGUUAUUUUCUAAUCAUUCGUCAAAAAAGUCCAAUCGAUUUUGCCCAGACUUUUGUUGUGCUCUCAUUUUCUUCAGUUGCUGUUGGGCGAUAUGUAUCUAGUAGAACGGGUUUAUAGAACUGUAUUGGCUUAUUACAGAUUUAACUUUCAAUCAUUUCCCUAGAAAUGAAAUGAAAAAGACCAACGUAAACGUGUUUAUAUUUUCAUUCGGCAUAUACAAUAGAUAUUCAGACAUUUUUACACAGAUGACAGUUUUUAAAACUAUAUGAACAUUGGCAUCAUUGCAUUACGUUCCGCCUCUAGGACAAUGGCUCUGAUAGUUCUGAUUUGGUCUCAGAACAAAGGCUUGAUCACGUAUUAUGAAUAGUUAUUCUAUUGUGGCCACCAGUGAUCAAAUUCACAAUAUUCACAUGAUGGGAGAACCAUGAUGACAUUUAUUCCAAAGUAUACAACAAGAUAGAUCCGUUCAGGCAAUAUGAUUGGUCAUCUUGACAUUUAGAACGUGUUAAAAUCAGCAUGAUAGCACACCCAGAGCCGUUUGAGCACACCAUCUUCAUCACUACAAAUAUUACUCCGCUAUUUCCAUGUCAACAUUCCAGAGUUGAAUCAAAAACUGUUUCUGAAACCUUUAUAUUCAUCAGGAACCAACCACCAAUUUAGGAACCAAAGUGGAACACACAGAAGCUCUCCAAAAGAUUCAUAUAAAGUGAUUCAUGCUAUAUGUGAAGUUCGCGGUGCUAAAUCGAUUCACUUUUUUUUUUAAUUAUUAUUACUUCAAACUUUUUCAGCUGAUAUCAAAGUGACAACAAGAUUGAGCUAGCCAAGCAGUUUUGUGUUCAAAUGUGCGGUAUUUAUUCAGUUUGGGAAACACCACAGUGUCUACAUAGCUAACGUUAGCUUAAGUUGGCGUGCUAGCUAAACAGGGACGGACUAGAAUUUUUUUAUUUUGCCUCACAAUAUUAAUCCAGUUUGAUUAUAACCCUUAUUUUGUUGGUAACCGUUGAUGUAUAAACACAAUAUUACACAAGAGGGUAUGAUUUAACGUCAUAUUAUUGGCACUUCAGGGAUUCUUACGGGCCUAGUCGCAUCACUGUCGUGCCAAUAAUGACGUUAAAUUACACCCCCUCGUGUAACAUUGCUUAACAUUAUAGAAUGGGAUAUUAUAUGAAGAGGGUUAGGUUCUGAUAGCUGGUUCCAUUUUGGAUUCAGUUCCUGUUCGGCAAAAUACCAAUCUGAAUACCAAUAUCCAUCUUUGGGUUUUAGUUAUUUAUAAAUACAGAUUACUUGCACAUGUUUAAGGCUACACCUAAUGCUAUUGAUACCCAUCUCUAAGAAGGCCUAAAGAAUAUAGAUAUUUUAGAGAACAUAACAUUGUUAAUGUUAUAUUUAAUAUAGAAUAUUAAAAGCAAACUCAUUAUUUUGUUCAUAAAUGGAUAUACCAGUGCAGUGUUUCUCACUUGGUCCGUUGCUCAGGGUCAGGUCUGCUUUAUGCAGCUUGAGGAGUGUUUUCUAUUUGACGGCUAAAAUAGUCUCACAAACAUUUUCAUUCACAUGAAAAUAAAUAAAUAAAAAGCGCCGCUAAAUAUGAAGACUGGAUCGAUUUGUAUUUAUUCAGACAGCUCAGUGUUCAAACAGAGCAGAUACAGUACAAUUAAGCUGUGUUGACGCAAUUAAUCCACAUCAGGCGUCUUUUACAACCCAACACUUGACUAACUGCUGUGCGUUUAAUUUGAAAUUAGGGAGUAGCGUCCUCCCAGCAUGCAACUCUCCAUCAGCACUUUGUUCCUGCAAAAGGGGCCUGCGUUUCCCCCGGGUUGACACCCGUCGGCCUCCUGGUUUCCAGUACGAGGAUAAUCAGAGAACGCUGGACAGCUGAGCAGAGGAUGCCCCAUGUGGAGCUUUCCCACAAUGCUCAGCUCAAGUAAACAAUGCUGCACAAAGAUAUAGGCUGUCACAUCACAUAUGCAUUACCUCAAACAGAGCGUUCACAACUCAAAACAAACAGCCAAGCCUUGUUACUGCAGACAGAAUACACAUUGAACAAAGAUUGUUUCAUAGCUUUGUAUUCAACACGUCAUGAGCAAAGGGUUGUUUACUGGGCUGGCUUUUCUUUGGGUUGGGGCUUUGAUGGUUUCACUUUUUUUCUGAUUCUUAUUAGCAAAACAGGAUUAGGAGAAACGAAAAGAAAAGUUUUCACAACUCAAAGCAUGCAUUUUAUUGUAUCUCUUCUUUUCCUCUUAGACCAUUUGAAAUUGUAAAGAAUGUAUGAUGACUACUGACUGGUUCAUAGCCAGGCCGCAAUGCUUUGUAGCAGCUGUUGCUGGGUAAGAAGUCUGUAAAGAUAGUAAAGAAUAGCUACAAAAAGUGUUUUAGCUAGUUUAGUUUUUUUUUGCUUUAUACCUGCACAGACAUAUUGGAACUGUCACCAGUACAACAAACUUCCUACACAUUGGGUCAUUUCCUCAUUGUUCAUUCAGUCUCUACUUUGAUCACUGGAAAUUGCUGUCUCAUCUCAUAUCUUAAAUGCCACAUUAUACUGUAAGAACCAGAUCUGCGGGGGGAAUCCAGACUGGAAAAAUGAAAGACAUUCUUGCUUUUGUGAUAUUUCAGAAGGCAUACGCAUUGUAAUGUUCUUCAGUGCACAAAAAUCUACAAUGCAUGCAUCAUCAGUAAUGUUCUGUUUCAUCUUUAUUUCGAUAUUUCUACGGUUAAAGAAACUGUCAUUUUGAAAUUGUUUCAAAUAAAUGUAUUUUUGUACAUCAGUG